GAGCGGAAAUUCCUUUCCGUUUUUGUGAAUGACAAACUCAUUAAGGAUUCAUCCGUGCAACCUGUUCCAGCCGGCCUGUUGUCGUGGUAACCGAGGUUGGUGCGCUGCCAUUGGCUGGCCUUACAGAAUGUAUCCAUUGAGAGCUUUCUGGUUUGUACCCAUUGUAGUGUUGUUCUUCGAGCUGGUCAUGUGUAGAUGAUCAAGGAAGGCGGUCAAAGUUGUCACUUUCUUCUUUACGAAAACAUAAGUAGAGGUGACAGUUUUCAGACCACUAUUAAUAACAUAUUCCAAAGACUGUGCAAGAGAGCAUUACAAAGACCAACCGGGCGUGCAUAUUUUAACUUGCACACAGACACCUGAUUCUGCUAACUUGCACGCUGCAACCGUCAUUGACAAAAAUCGUCGUUCAUUGAUAAAUAAGGUAGUCCAGUAACUGCAUUCUACUACCGGUUUUACAUUAUUCUACUUUGCAUUAUUCUUUCAAUAACAAAGAAGCCAUACGGCGUAGGAACCCUUUCUCAUUUUCGCGGUGCUCUGUAAGUUUUACAGAGCCCAUAUCAGAACCUCUACGCCUGGAAAGUUUUACCGAUGUUAGAGAAAGUGAAUCCCGCGUUUCUUAGCCCGGUGAUGACUACUAGCAAAACGGUGGAAUGGCUAGGGAAGCAGCUGCAGACAGGAGCUACCAACAGCCUGCUGCUCCUCGACUGUCGUUCGCGGGAGCUGUACGAGUCCUCGCACAUAGAAUCGGCCAUCAGCGUCGCCCUCCCGGGGCUGAUGAUGCGGCGCCUGCAGAAGGGCAGUCUCCCCUUCAAGUCCCUGCUGCCCAAAACGUUGGAGAACAAAGACCAGUUAGUCCGGCGCUGCCACACGGACACUGUGAUUCUCUACGAUGAAGCUGUGAGCAAUCGGUGGAACGAAAAUACGGAGGGCGAUUCGGUACUGGAGCUACUUCUAAAACGCUUGCAAGGAGAAGGCUGUGCAGCCUACAGCUUGGAUGGUGGAUUCAGUCAGUUCCAGUCCAGUUUCCCUGCAUUCUGUGAGACUAACUUGGACAGUUCAAGCAGCAGUGGCUAUAGCAGCUCUCCAAAGUUUCCAGUGUUAGGUUUGGGGGGCUUAAGGAUCAGCUCAGAUUCCUCGGACAUUGACUCAGAUCUGGACCCAAGCAGCGCGACAUAUUCUGACUGCAGCCCUCUAUCAAGCAACCAGCCUGCCAUCCCUGUUGAAAUUCUGCCUUACCUUUAUCUGGGUUGUGCCAAGGACUCCACAAAUUUGGACGUUUUGGAAAACUUUGGUAUUAAGUACAUCUUAAAUGUUACACCAAAUGUACCUAACCUUUUUGAGAAUGCCGGGGAAUUCAAGUACAAGCAAAUCCCUAUUUCAGAUCACUGGAGUCAGAACUUGUCUCAGUUUUUCCCAGAAGCUAUAGCCUUUAUAGAUGAGGCUCGGAGUAAGAAAUGUGGUGUUUUGGUGCACUGCUGGGCAGGAGUUAGCCGGUCCGUAACAGUGACUGUAGCUUACAUCAUGCAGACUCUUAACUUGUCAAUGAACGAUGCAUAUGAUUUUGUUAAAAUGAAAAAGUCAAACAUUUCUCCAAACUUCAACUUCAUGGGGCAGUUGCUGGAUUUUGAGCGAGCUCUGGGCCUCAGCAGCCCCUUUGAAACCAGUGCACCAUCAUCUUCCUCAUACUUCUCUACUCCAACCAGUCAAAGUGUCUUCCAGCUAGAACCACUAGAGUCAACAUGAAGUCAUCCUUUUCUGCUAUCAUUAUGAAUGAUCCUAAUCAGCGUGGAAGUAAAAUAAACAACUGGGGUCCUCAACAGGGCGAACAGAAGCGGUUUUGCAUAACAGCUGAUUGAUUGCUUGGCUUGUACAAGUAGCUAGUGCAGAGGAACGUCUUCUGUACAGAUGACCCAUGUCUGUGGCAGAGCUCUGGCCACAGGUCUUAAGAGUUCUGGAUGUUCUGAGGAAAAAAGCUGGACUGCAGAUGGUGUUGCAGUGAUUUAUGAUAGUUAGCAUUUCCAAAGAGAUUUCAGCUCAAACAAAAUCAUAGAAGCACUUGCAUUUAAAAUGCUGAUUUUCAUUUUGGGUUUGAAGCUUUUUUUUUUUUUUUUUUUUUUUUUUGUUAAAUCUCUUUGUUGUCUUCUGUGAAGACUUAAUAACUUAAUGUACUUUCUUGCAAUUCCACGGAGCAGAACAAUCAAGUAGAUUUUGGCUUCAUUCAUAACCAGGGUGCUUAUGUCUGCAAGAAGCUCUGCAGUAAAUUCAGUAUUUCUUUUCUGGGAGCUCAGUGAUAACAUUUUUGUUUUGCAUUCUUUUUAGUACUAAAAGAAGUGUUAAUUAAGAGACUUCAAACUAAGGAGCUGCUAUUUUUCUUAUUAGGAGUCAUUAUUAUCUAAUGCAGAUAUGUAUUUUUCUGAGUUAAACAGUGUAUAUAGUUUAUUUCAUUUAAGCCAAAAAUGUACGUUUGUCAAGGUUUAGUUUGACAGUGAUAUAUUUAAGAAUGAAUGAGUGCAGUCCUUUAUGCUGUUUUAUUCCUCUAGCCUUAACCGUGUAAGUUAAAUUCACAAUCCUUUUUCUGCUGCAUAUUCCCAUCAGGACAAAUUGAAUGCGUACACCUUGACUCUGUACAGAUUUUUUUCAGGGCUUUUAAUAGAAAUGUAAUAGUUCUGUUCAUUCUUUACAGAUUUAUAAUCAUUUUGCUUUUUUCAUUUUUUGGUACAAAAACUGGAGACUUUGUUAUAGCCAACUGCACUUCAUGUUAUUGCAAGUAAGGGGGCUUCUAUCUCUGUGGUGUCACAUUGUAACUAAAAUGUAUUAUAAGGAUGUAAGAUAUUAAGUUAUUAAUAAACAACUAUUUUGUCUAUCAAA